CAGUAUUAAAACAUCAGCUGACGUAGGCUGCCGCCAUUAUCAAAUUUAACAAAAAAGUUUUUAUACGUGAUGUGUCUAUGAUUUUAGUGUUUCUUUGGAUACAUUUUUGCACACAAUGGCGCAUUCACGCAUAAAAUUAGUCGCAGCCUUCAUACUUCUCACAAUGCAAAUUACAACAUGCGCUAAAAAUAACGCUAGGCCAGUGUAUGAAGUUGUAAACGAACAAUCAAGAGUAGACGAUAUUAAAGUAACGAACACUUUAUUACCAUAUGGCAAUCCUUUAGCUGGUAACUCAGCCCAAAGCGUAAAACUACAUGCAAGUAGUCAGCAAGCUAUGUUCAACGCUGAAAAAAUAAGGCAACACAGAGCGCAAUUGCAAAGAUUAGCCCGAGCCCCUAGAUUGGAUAGUUAUAUGAAAGCUUACCAGGAAUCUCAAGAAAGUCAUCAACUUGCCUUAGAACAGCAACAAGCUUUAGUCAGAGAAUCUACUACACCUCUUCCAAAACCGAGAAGGCCUACAAGAAAACGCAUAUUACAAAGGAUCAAUCAAAAAACGAGGAAUUCAGAGAAUAGUAAUAAUAGCUCUCAACCUCAAGAUCAAAUAAGACAGAAUUUCAGAAGUAGAGAUGCUGAUUUGGAUACUAUGAUACUAAGAACAGAUACAAGACAAAGAAACAGAAAUCACAGAUCGUACAGCUCAAGUGAAUAUCAACAGUAUAUAGAAUCAAAACAUCCCUAUAUCAAACCUGAAAAUAUAAAAGAAAAAAAUGAAAAAGGUUUUAACAAUAUGCGCUUACUUGACAGCAAUACAAAAUAUAUACCAAAGCAAUAUUUAGGUACCUCAAAAACCUUACAAGACAUUAAUGCUUUAGAAAGUUUAUUAAGUAAGAACCCCACUGAACAAUUAUCGGAAUUUAAAACAUUGUUAAACUCAGAAAAAACACUUGAAGAUAAAGAAAAGCCGGACGCACCUAUAGAUUUAUACAUAUAUUUGAAAAACCCUACAGUGAAAACACUCACAGAUUAUUACAAUAAUUCCAAUUAUGCACAAAUACCAACGUAUCCGAGUGCAUUAGUCAAAGACGAAACGUCUGUGUCCGAGAAAAUUGCAACCAAUGAUUAUGAAUCUAGUGAAACAUACAUUACUCCUGAUUUACCACAACCCUUAACGACUACAUUAAAACCUGAAAUAGAUGAAGUUAUAGCAACGAGACAACUAGAACAAGAAAUAAUUGAUCCUUCUUAUAAAGCUUUACAAUACGAUGACCAAGCAACACAUGUCAAAGACUCAGGCGUGGCAGAAAACUAUCUGCGAGAAAAUAUACAAGGUGUCCAACAUUUGAGCGGAGACGGCAUUGGAGUUACUGCCUACAGUGAUGACAAAUUACAGUACGCUUCUAACUACGAAUUCGGCUACAGAGUUCGCGAUACAGAGAGCGGUAAUUACUACGGUCACUCCGAAGCUAAAAGAGACAAACGAACACAUGGUAAUUACCAUGUUCUGUUGCCAGAUGGCAGACUCCAGAAAGUGGUAUACCAAGCGGGACCUAGCGGAUACCACGCCGACAUUAGUUACGAAAAUUAAAUUCUAUAGUUAUUACUUAUAUUAAAUUAUAUAUCUACAAUACAUGAAAACCUUAGGUAUUCAGAAAGCCUAAUAAAUCACAGUUAAAAUAUUUUGCCAUUAAAUAGUAGAGAUUUAUCGAUUCUCUAAUAUGGAACUAUACAUUAUCGCAACAAUAUGUUGGAUUGUCAACCUGCUGGAUUAAUUCUACCAAAAAAAGAGUUUUCUUCAUCUCAACCGAUAUACUAUGAAGUAAUGUGACUGUCUUGUAAACACUAUCGAAGUUAAAGUGAUUAAUUAUGCUGUCUUCUACCUAACGUCCACCGUCAGUUGAAUGAUAGAUUUAUUCUAAAAUAAUACAAUUGUUUCACUUUUAAACUACAAAUAAAAGACGAAAAUGAUGCAUUCUAUAUUAACGUAAGAAAUACGUAAAGAGAAUUAUUUUAAAUAACAAUAAUAAUAUUCUUCUUCGUCGAAUCCAAGGACUUUUGUAAAAAUUUUGCACUCUUAGAUAUUAUGUCUAUGGACUAGCUUCUUUUAUUUUGCUUCGUUCCAAAUCCAAGUACUCGUUGCAAAUGGCGCCAAGUUAUCGCGUUGUCAAAAUAUAUACACUUAAAUUUCCCGCCGUAGUGGUGAGAAAAGUGAAACUAGAAAGCGGUUUAAACGAGUGCAUUAUUUUCGUACAAUGUAUUUCCUAUUACAUAGAGUUACCUAAGAUAUAUUUAACUUGCUUACAUUAUGACCUACAUGUGAUUUAUGAUUCGUCACUGGCAACCGCCAAGCGAAAGUUAUUUGAACUGUCAUUCUCUUUGUAAAUAGAUUUAAAACUUUUUAAUGACAUGUCACUUAGAUUAUAAAAUUUUAUUCUUACCUUUAAUUUAACUCUUACAGUUAAUUAAAUUCUUACAGUUGUCAAACGAAUAUUGUAUUAAUUGUAGGUUUAAUAAAGAAAUAAACUUAGAUAAUUAAUACGUGUAGAUAGCUUGUUGCUAGACAGCAGAUCAAAACAGGCCAGGUUUAUUACUUUAGUGUGCGUGACAAGCAUCGCGAUUUUAUAUACUUUAUGUUGGUGUGCGUGUAUUGCUAAAAAUAGAGCUAAAUAUAAAAAUAAUGCUAAAGAUAUCAAAGUUAACUAUGAGCCUCAAUUUUUUUCGACAUUUUCACAGCUGUCACAGUCAACUACCUAGAUGUAUGAUCUUAGGAAAUAAAGCGUUCUUUUGCAAGCUAGUAUAGAGACCAAAUUUAAUUUUUUAAAUUUUAUUAGAAAUUUCGAUUAAUAACGGCCGUUCCCAAUAUACUGUCUACAGAUAGAGAUAAAUUACUACCUUCUACUGUCAGUAAUUAGCUGUCAAUAAUCUGAAGCUGUCCCAAUACACCCGUCAUAGUCAUACAUAAGUCAUUCUUAUCGCCUUAUAUUGGGACGCGUGAAUUGCAACUUCCAUACAAACUUCUAUAGCUGCUAAGCUUUAUGUCCUCUCAUUGACAGACAGCGCGUACGGAUAAGGUGAGCUACCGUCGAUAAGUUUUUUGGGACAGAAAAGUUAACGAUAGUUAUGAUUUUUAUCCCAAGUAAGAGAUAGACUUGAAUAUUGGGAACGGUCGUUAAUCACGUAAUGAGAAACAGAAUCUAGAGGACAGCAGAACUUUUGACAUAUUCAAAUACAGAGGUUGUGUCCUUGUUAUUUAUAACCAAAAAAAAUCAGUUUAUCAGUUAACUACCAAGUAGCAAAUUAUUGACAAAUUUCAAUGACUUGUUGUUUUUGUGUGCGUACGUGCGAUUCACAAUUUUAUCAAUAAAUAAACUUGACCUGGAACGAGCAGGAUUUCUUAAUUGAUACACUUUUCUUAAUAUGUUCAUAAUAUUAGGCAGGAUUUUUGAAAAGUUCAAUAUUAUGUUAUUAUUCUCUUAGAUAAUGUAAACGUCUAUCUAGACAUUAACAGUUCUGAAAACGUCAAUAAAAUUUGACAUUUAACCUCUAUUUUGAGCAAUGCGUGCACACAAACACAAAGUGAGUAAGACGGAGUUUAUCACGCACACUAAAGUAAUAAACCUGGCCUGUUUUCAUCGGUUCUCUAGCAGCAAGCAGGCUCUAUAUUUAUAUUAUAUUAUAUGUUAUAAGAUUGUUCUGUUACUGUCCAGCGGGCCUACCAUGAACUGUUAUUGCGAUUCAGCUAACGACCUAAAAUGAACUGCUUUGCUAUUUCAUACCACGACGUCAUUAGAGCUAUCCAAUUUAGGUUGACGUCAAAUCAAGUGAGAAAUUGAAUCGCAAACUGUUUUAGUUCGUUCAUUCAUUCGUACCAUGAGGUAAUAUUUCAACCUAAAGUGGUGUUGUUUAGUGCGAGAUACAGAAAUAAAUCUAGAGGGACGUAAAAGUACAAAAUAUUCUAUUUUAAUAUUAUGAUUGGGAGGUGUGCAAUAAAAAUAAAUGUGUUUGAAUGUAUAGUGCAAUAAAUUAUUUCGUACCAAAUUAAUUAAAUGCAUUAGGUAGUUUGGUAGAAGUCGGAACCCGAUACUGCAAAAUUUGCCGAUCUGUGGAAUGCUCCGGUCCUCAACAGCAUACCGCACCGCUGUUUCGCCCUCUAAAAGUGACGUCACAUCGUCAGCGGAAUAAUGAAGGGUUGUAUGCACUGACCUGUAUAAAUACCACUGGACAGGCUGUUCCUUUUGUUUGACAGCAUAUUUUUAUGCCUAUUUGAAGCGCCACUCGCGAGCGUCCAGAGAACUACUUUUGACGUAUAAUACAAAUGGAUGCAUGCGAAGCUCUGAAAUAUUUUUCAUUUUGAAUUACUAUCGGUCGUUUUCAGUGUUAUUUAUGCUUCAGGAAUGAACGUAAUAAAGUAUAUUUUUUUUGUAAACAAGUUUCCUAUCGAUGUUUGUUUAGCUGAGGUUAUCAUCAAAGGUUUUAGUACCGCAGACUCUCGCUACAUGGCCAACAGCGCCAAAAUGGCGAAUAUCAAACAGGCACAAAAGCACUUAAGCCAGUCCAGUGGUAAAUAAUAGAGGUCAGUGGUUGUAUAGGUAGUGUAUUAUUAAUUAUAUUAUUACAAUGUAAGGAACAUGUAACGAAGCCAAUGUAAACCUAUGCACAAAGUGAUGAUGUUACAUGAUGUGUAAAUAAAAUCAAUAUUUUAUUCAACAAA